AUGACCUGGCCAGCCACUGUUAUCGUCGACGUCGUCUUCAUUCCGAUCUACCUCCUCCUCUUGGCCUUUUCCAUUUUCAAUGUCGUCAAACAUGGAACUGGAAAGGUCUUUGGCUUCAUUUCCAUCUGCAUCUUUUCGGCUGUCCGUCUGGUCGGCAACAGCCUGCUCGUUUACGUCUACAAUGAUCAUUACAGGCACCAAAAUGCAGCGACAUGGGGCUUUAUUCUCCAAGCGCUAGGCUACAGCUUCCUCGUCAACGCUACUCUAGCUCUCUACAAGCGUGCGGCAAUCAUUGGGAAUCCCACAAAGGCAGCGCAGCUCAGGGGAAAACCCUUGGACAUGGACAGGAUCCUCCACCUCGUUACGCUUGGUGCUCUGAUUCUACUCAUCACCGGCUACAAUGAUUCGGAUGUCUUUAGCAAUUCGUCCUCGUCGUCGAUGCCGUCCUCACCUUCGUCAACGUCCCUCGAUGGCAAAGCCAAAGCGGGAGACCUUAUCUAUGUUGGGCUCACGGUUUUCAUCGCGGUGCUAUGCUCUUACCGACUCUUUUUCAGGGGGUCGAAGGGGGAUGAGCCACGAACGAUCCUCUCUUUCAUCUUGGGAGCCCUGCCGUUCAUGCUCUGCCGAGCAGUCUACGCCGCCGUGAAGGCCUUUUCUGACGAUGCCCUCCAAGGAUCACUCUGGGCAAAAGUCGUCUUCGACUACAUUGCUGAGGUUAUCGUCGUCGUU